AAAGAAAAAUAAUAAUGAGGUGUUGAAAAUUUGGCGAACGUUAUCAAUUGCCGGCCGGUCGUAGAAGAGGAGCAGAGUGCACAUGGCCUUGGCGUUUUUUGAGAACUAAAAGAUAGGCGGUAUGGACAAGCCAGUUACUUAUUAUCAGAGUGAGGAAACAUCUGCGAUGGAGGAAAAAUUAACGGAAUCCAUCGGGAACGUCGAGAUCCGUCAGUUUUCAUCGGGACCCCGCCUGAGGGAGAAGGCAAAGAAGAAAACCGGCCAGUUCCAGCAGUACCUUGCAGCCGUUGUCGUUUGUUUGAUGGCUUUUAUUCUUGGUACUGUGAUCGGAUGGACGGCUCCUGUUUUACUGACACUGCAGUCGGACGAGAGCCCCGUCGGAAAGAUGACGGACGAAGAGACGUCUUGGUUGGGGUCGCAGAUGUUCCUUGGCGGUAUCGUCGGGACGCUGUUUUGGGGAAGGAUCGCCGACGGAUUCGGAAGGAAGGCAGCCGGUUACUCCGUCGCAGCCAUUUUCAUCUUAGGAUGGGGUUUGAUCAUCGUGGCGACGAAAUCUGCUCUGCUGUACGUCGCCCGAUUUCUGAGUGGUCUGAGCGGCAGUGGCGCUCUGAUCCUUUGUCCGUUGUACGUCAGCGAAAUCGCCCAGGACUCCAUCCGAGGAGCUCUGGGCUCUUGUACAAUACUGUUCAUGAACGGAGGGAUCGUCACGGCGUACGUUGUCGGCGCCGCUACCGAUUUCACCGUUUUCACCGCAGUAUGCCUCGCGGUACCGAUCCUUUUUGCCGUCCUGUUCUUUUUCCUGCCUGAAACGCCGUCCUACCUUUUCGGGAAAGGGUGGGCCGACGAAGCGGAGGCUUCAUUGUUGUGGUUCAGAGGCGGCGACCACGACAGUGUCCAGGACGAGAUGGGCAAGUUCUCCAGAAACGGGAAAACGCGAGAAAACACGACUUAUCGUAUGUUGGUGGCCGACAGGGGUAGAAGGAGGGCAAUGGUUAUCGGGUUAGGGCUGUUCACUUGGCAACAGUUCUGCGGCAUCCUGGCUCUGCUCACCUUCACCACGACGAUCUUCGCCGCUUCGGGCAGUUCUUUAGGUGCCUCAAAAGCGACGAUCACAGUCGGAUUGUUUCAACUCUUCGGAUCGUGUGUAAGCUCUGUCAUCGUGGAUCGUUCUGGGAGAAGAAUCCUCCUUCUCAUAUCGUAUACCUUCAUGGGGGUUAGCUUGUCGCUUCUCUCCCUGUACUUUUACGCUCUCUCCGUGAAAUUCGAUGUGAGCAGGUUUAAUUGGCUUCCCGUUAUCUGUCUUUCCGUGCAUGUCGUCGCUUACGCAUUGGGCGCAGGGCCUGUGCCUUACGUUGUCAUGUCCGAUACACUCGCUCCUGAAAUCCGAGGAUUGGCCACUUCGGUUAUUAUUCUCUGGGGAAUGAUUUUCUCUUUCAUGAGUGUCCAGAUCUUUCCUUUCCUCGUCACCACGAUCGGAAGCCACGGAAGCUUUCUAUUUUUUGCGGGGUUCUGCUUCGUCGGCGUCGUCUUCACUUGGGCCUUAGUGCCCGAAACGAAAGGCGUUCCCCUGGAGCAAGUCCUGGCUCGUCUCAAUAGAAAGCCCGCGAUCCGUACUUCGGUCGAAGUCUAAAAACCCCAUCACAUUUAUUCUCCUGCACAAGGCUGCAAUUACUUUCAUAUCGCUAGUACUAUCAGUAAUAAAUUAUUGGAAAAUGUCCUUAUGAAGCUAUAGUUUUGAAAAAACAUUGACAAUCUCGACAUUAAUACUACUUUCUUUACCAAUAAAAUAUAAAUAAGGAUUGUACUUCACGGUUUUUUGAACGAAAAAUUAAUUAUACACUUCCAAAUUUAUUGCUCUUCCAUUUAUCUACUUUUACAUUUCUUGCUAUUUUAUAAGGUUUAUUGUUAACUUUCAUGUCUUGUUAAGCGUAAUUUUAAAUUAAUUAAAUGUGCUACAAUAUAAAGCUGUGGAUUUUGUUUGUAUUCUUUAUUUGAUAUUUCGACAUUGAAUCCUGAGAAAAUGAGCUUUAAAUUGUAAAAUUAAAUCAAUAAUUUCGAUUAUAUAAAUCUCUAAAUUUAUACGUUCUUUGUGUGAUAUCUUAAUAAUACAAAUAGUUUUUUAAAAUAUUUCAGCUAGCAAGCCAAAAUACGAAUCCACUCUUCCUGUAGAAGACCUAACAGUCGUUUAGCGACUAUAUCGGUAGCACUACUUUGGUGCUGAAAAAACCGAAUGGCUAUAGAUAAGGAGUGAUUGGUUUCUUGUAAUUAUCGUGUAAUAAAGCCAAAAAUUAACAAGCAAUAUAAUAAUAAGCACAACCAAUAAAUUAAUAAGCACAUGUAACACAU